UCUGACCAAUCACAGCCCUCGACAGACCAGCGUGUAGGGGCUCGUGAAGAGGAACACAGCAGAUGUGGACUUUCAUACAUUUCAGUCGGCUGUGUUGAUACUCCUCCGGCUGGAAGUACGCCUCACCAGGUAAAUCAGAAUGGCUCAGGGGAUUCCAGACAAGAUGAUGAUGAAUACAGAUCUGAUCAAGGAAUUGGUGGAUGUGGCAAAAGAUGCAGCACUUCUACACGGUGUGCUGAUGAGGAUCAAAGAGACCCCCAACUCCUCAGAGUUGGUGACCUAUGCUCCAUUCACGCUCUUCCCUACACCCGUGCCUAAAGCUGUGUUCCUCCAGGCUCUGGCAGUGCAAACUCACUACAACAUUCUGGUGGACAAGAUCAGUCAGGAUCCAGACUUUCUGCAGGAAGCUCUCGAAAGCACUAUUACAGUUGAUGAUUUCACAGCAAGGUUGUUCAGGAUCCAUCAACAAAUCCUCAAAGAAGGAAGGUCUCAGUCUAUUGUCUUGGGUCUUAAUCGAUCUGACUACAUGCUGGACCAGAGAGAGGACGGGUCGUCUUCUCUGAAGCAGAUAGAAAUCAACACCUUUGCUGCCAGUUUUGGAGGUCUCUCUUCAAGCAUGCCAGACGUACACAGACACAUUCUGGGGGUGGCUGGCAGACUGGAGGAGAGCCAGUGCAUCCUGGACAACAACCCUGCAGCUGGUCUGGCCAGAGCUGUCGCCAAAGCCUGGGAGCUGUAUGGAUCAGAGAAGGCGGUCGUCAUGUUCUUGGUAGAGGAGUGCCAAAGGAACAUCUUUGAUCAGCGAUACGUUGAGAGCGAGCUGUGGAAGAGAAACAUUCCCACAAAGAGACUGCGGUUUGACGAUGUUUGUAAAACAGGAUCCCUUGAUGAGGACAAGAGGCUCUUCGUUGAUGGUGAAGAGGUCGCAGUGGUGUACUUCAGGAAUGGCUACAUGCCCCAGAACUACACAUCUGAACAGAGUUGGGAUGCUCGACUUCUGAUGGAGCGCUCCCGGGCUGUGAAAUGUCCCGAUAUCAGCACUCACCUGGCAGGAACCAAGAAGGUCCAGCAGGUUCUCGCCAGACCUGGAGUUCUGGAGAAGUUCUUCCCCGACCAGCCAAAAGUAGUGGAGCAGAUCAGAGCGACGUUUGCUGGCCUCUACACUUUAGACAUGGGACCAGAGGGGGACAAGACCGUAGCAAUGGCUUUUGCAGCUCCAGACCGAUUUGUCCUGAAGCCUCAGCGAGAGGGAGGAGGUAACAACAUCUAUGGAUCAGAGAUCUGCCAGGUCCUGGAGGGAGUGAAGGAGAGCUCAGAGAGGACGGCUUAUAUUCUCAUGGACAAGAUCAACCCCGCACCGUCACAGAACUACCUCCUGAGACGAGACACUCCUUUAAAAAUCAGCAACUGUCUCAGUGAGCUGGGAGCCUUCGGAGCUUAUGUCAGGCAAGGUAAAGACGUGGUGAUGAACGAGUGUGUGGGUCAUCUGCUGAGGACCAAGAGUUCAGAACACUCAGACGGAGGCGUAGCAGCAGGAGUGGCAGUGCUGGACAACCCUCUCCUGGUCUAACUCUCACCUGCGGGCGGAGGUUCUGACGAGAAAGGGUGCGGAUGGUUGAUGCCGACAGUCUUAUCAAGGCAGCACUUUAAAAACACACUCUUCUCCUGCUACGACAUGAAACACACUCGGACAGUCUAGGCCCCGUUGCUGCUCAGAUUAUGAAGGUAUCAUUCUUCAAGAAUUCCUCCUUUCAUCAGAGGUGUUGUAGUAAAAAUAUGUCAGUAAUAUUUCUAGUGCAGCUGCCGAUAUUAACACCUUCAGGGCUCCAGAGGGGUUUGUGAGGACCAUGUUUGUUGGUGGUUUUUGAUAUCAUGAUGUUUCAGUUCAGAUGUGGUGCUGCUCUUCAAUACGUGCCCAAGAGAUUAAACACAACGAGUUUAAUGGAAGUAUUUUUUUAUUCUCUGCUUGGCUUCACAAUCAAGUCCCCUGAUACACAAUAAAUGCUGGAGGCUUCAUUUACCUCACAUUUAAAGAUUGACUGUUUUUAUUAGACAUUAAAUUUAACACAUCAUAAAUCAAUACUUUUGAAUUUAAAGCCACUUUCUUUUAUCCAUCACUAUAUCCACAAAUGAAUUGACCUCUCCUGGUAAAGAGUCUCCAUCUUGUGGCUCUUCACUGUUAGUACAACAUGUCAGGUUGUGUUCCCAGGAAGCAGUCUAAGCUCAGCUUCUCCUGACACUACAGCGUAUCUCAACACUCCUGCAGUCCCUGAGCUGUUUCUGACGACGUGUAAUAGAAAAUGUGAGUUUAUCUGAGUCAGUAUGAGCCUGUUUUUAGAGUAGAUGGUUCAACAGUUGCUUCAGAUUAAACUAAAUUAAGCAGGAAUAAGAACAUUUAUUUACAGCUUUAAAAAAGAGAAAGAAAAGUAAUCAAGUGUCCUUUGUUGUUUCUGCUGUCCCUCCUCUCAUCUUUAUGUCUCUAUGCAGAGUGCUGCUCCUUUCAUGAUUAAAAUGAGCAACUUAAAACCAUUCGUAUUAAAUAAUUCCUUUCAAAACUUUAGUAUCAUCUUUUAAACUCUUAUAUACAUUUUUUAAAUCAUCUUUCAAGCUUUUGAGUUAUAGAUUGUUUGUUUUUAUUUACAAACGUUGUCGUUGAAUUAUCUUUAAUUUGAGGCUCAUAACUUUUAUUUUGAAAAACCUAAAUAGGAAUGUGAAUUUCGAUGCUUUUAUUUUGAAGUUAAAACAGCAUCAUUGUAUGAUGGCAACAUUUAUUAUGAUUUCUUCACCCUGUAAUCAUUUAACUGGUUAAAAUUCUCUGUCACUUUUGAAAGUUUGAACAACAAGAAGACGAUCAUUUAUUUUUAUAGCUCCUCUUAUAUGAUACAUGUAGUUCAAAGUGCUGAUUGCAUUCAGCAUUUACAGAUUUUAUAUUUAAUUUAGUCCAUAACGGUUUCAUUAAGGGUUAAAAUAAAUAGUUCCAGUACAUCCAGGAUGCACUCCAGGAUUACUGAUGUAAAUGUGUUGGAGAGGGAGAUUUUUAUUGAUGAUCUUAAUAUAUUUGAUGAAAGGAACUGUUGUACCAAAUGUCACUGGACCAAAAUGUUUUAUUCAACAUGUUGAAUAAAAGGAUAAACCCUC